CUUCACAUGAUUUGCAUAGAAUUAUUCUUCAAACAAAAAUGAGGCUUCCCUUCUUUUACCUCUCCCUCCCUAUUUGGUUCUUCCUCGUGUUCUCCAUCUUCCAUGCCAUAAAUGGCAAUAAUCUCAUCCCAGAAACCUGCAAAAAAUGCGCGCAGCAGGACCCAAACCUAAUCUACAACUUCUGCGUGACCUCUCUGCAAGCAGCCCCAGAAAGCUACAGUGCUUCCGAUCUUCGUGAACUUGGAAAGAUCUCGAUCAACUUAAUCAACCUCAACGUUACAAACACGACGCGCCGCGUCAAGAAGCUCCUGGAGAACAAAAAAUUGGACCCUUAUGUUAAGGCAUGCUUGAAUGACUGCUAUAAUCUGUAUUCCAAUGCUGGUACUGCGACCAAACAAGCCAUGAAAGACUACAAGAACAAACACUACAAAGAUGCUAACAUCGAAGUGAGUUCGAUCAUCGAUGCCUCUACAACCUGUGAAGACGGUUUCAAGGAGAAGAAAGGUGUGGUUUCGCCUUUAACAAAGAUAAACAACGAUACGUUUCAGUUGUCUGCUAUUGCGCUUUCGAUUAUCAGUAUGCUAAGUUGAUUAUCACGCACCUCGGAAACUAAGGUCCAGUUGGGAAUUGUCUGAUCUUUUUUCACUAUUUUGAACCUGAUCAUGAUCUCUGGUUCUUGUUAUUAUUAUUUUUUUUUAUAAUUUCUUCCUUAAUUAUUCUUUUAAUUAGCAGCUUAAUUAUAUAUGGACAAUAUUAUUGUUGGGGUGGCAUAUGUUGUUCUCAUGAUUCAUGAGAUGAUGUCGACAUAUAUUGUCUUCAUGUUGAUUGUAGUUUGAAAGUUUCUUUUGGUAUAUAAAAAUAAAUUGACUGGA